AUUUUCUUUCUCUCCCCAGAGUCGAAUCAUGCGUGAUAUGAGUCGCACCAGUGCACAAGGUGUUAGUCGUUCCCUGGGAUAUGGUUUUGUGAGCUUCCAAGAACACCAACAUGCUUUGACUGCUCUUCGAAAUACAAAUAAUAACCCAGAUGUCUUUGGUUCAGAUAAAAGACUUAUUGUUGAAUUUUCCUUGGAAAACAGGAAAGCUUUAGAAGUUAAACAGAAAAGAUUGGAUAAAUCUAAGCAAGUUUUAUCACAGAGGCAAAAGAAAGACAUUUUUUCCAAGAAAGACAAGGGACAGCAGCCAACAGCCGGUGCCAAAAGAGAGAGAUUCCAUGGUAAAUCACAGAAACAGAAAAUAAUGCCAUCGCAUUUGGGACCAAAGAAUCGUCAUAGAGACAAAGGAUUGCCUGUCGCUAAAGCAGGGAGGAAGAUUAAAGAGAAAAGGAUCAGAGAAUUCCAAAGCAACCAAAAACAGAGUCAAAAACCACAAAAAAGAAAAGCAUUGUCAGAUACCUUUGAUUCAAUGGUUGCAAAAUACAAAAAGAAGAUGUUAAACAUGUCGUCAUAGGCCAUGUAUUGAUUGCACUGUCUUUGCUUUUUAUGGUGAGAAACCAUUGAGUGUGUGUGGUUCAAUCACGUUAUCAUCUUCAUCAUAGUGAAGGAGAUUUUUCCCUCAUUCAGCUACAGAACAUUUUUAACACCAACAAAUUCAAAUGCAGAUUUAUAUCGCUUGAAAUGAUGUCUUAUUAAAUAUUACUGAUUCAAAUAAAAUCUGACAUUGUUAUCCAAACCAAUACAA